GCGCCCUUCUCGAGCCACUGUCAGUCGUCAUGCGAGGCAUGCAAGUCGCUCGUCUCCAACUCGGUCGCGGCGCCGUCAUCUGCGGUGCCGGUCCUAUUGGACUGAUUGCUCUGGCGGCCGCACGAGCCUCGGGUGCGCAUCCGAUCGUGAUUACCGACCUUGAUGCUGGUCGAUUAGACUUCGCCAAGCGGUUCGUGCCGAGCUGUAUCACAUACCAAGUCGAUCGGUCACUGGAUGCGGAGGGGAACGCCAAAGGCAUUCGGGCACUGUUCGGAUCGCAGGAAUACUUUGCGCCGGAGACGAUACUAGAGUGUACGGGUGUGGAAAGUAGUGUUUGCACGGCGCUGUAUACCGCUCGUCGGGGAGGCGCCGUCGUGGUGAUCGGCGUGGGUAAGUCCGUGAUGAACAAUUUGCCGUUCAUGCACAUUUCCAUGGCAGAGAUCGAUUUGCGUUUUAUUAAUAGAUAUCGUGACACCUGGGCUCCCGGUAUUGCGUGUCUGUCUGGUGGAAUUCUAGAUCUCAAGCCAUUGGUGUCGCAUACCUUCCCGUUGGAAAAAGCGAUGGACGCGUUGCAACUGUGCGCGAACCCCAAAGAGUCCAGUAUCAAGGUUACCGUGGUAGAUGCAGUAGACGCCACUCGAGAGAAGCUAGAGCCAUAGGUAGAGACCUCGUAUAAGAUCAGCCACUGGAGGCGCCAAGGAUAAGGUUCUUUGUCCCAUGUCAAUCAUCCAUGGCUCUCUCUAAAU